CCCACGCCCGAGGAGCAAUAAGAGGGACGGAUAGGGGGGGCUGCGUGCCCCGCAUCCCACCCAGAGCCGUGGUCACGGACUGCCUCGGACAUUCAUUCACUCCGUGUUCACUCUGUCACUGGUGCAUUGAUUCAUUCUCUCGGUUACUAUGUCAUUUGUACCGUGUAUUGACCGCUCCGGUAAUCCACUCCAUAUUUAGUGAUUAAUUCACUCCACGUUCAUUUUUGGCUGUGUGAUUCGCCGUCAUGUUUGGUGACGAGAUCAAUUAAUUCCGUAUUUAGCGAGUUAUGUAAUCCACUCCAUAUUUACUGACAGCGAUUCAAUCGCAUAAUUACCGUCUCUAACUCCAUUUGGUGAAUUUUUCAUUCACUAGUAAGCGAACUGAGAUCGAUAAAGCGCGGCUUGGGAGAGGAGGCGUCAUGGGAUGUUUUGAGUGCUGCAUAAAAUGCCUGGGAGGGGUUCCGUACGCCUCGCUGCUGGCAACGAUCCUCUGCUUCACGGGAGUGACCUUGGCGUGCACGUGUGGGCACGAGGCCCUCACUGGCACCGUGACCGUCCUGCAAUCCUUCUACUCCACCCUUGAUGAAGACGCGCUGAACCACAUGCAAAAUGUUGUUAGCAGGGCCCAGUACCUAAGCUAUGGGCUAGCUUCCACCUGUGCGUUCUGCUCACUGAUGCUACUUACUCAAAGCAUCUACACAACAGGGUCCGUCACAGACCUGUAUGGCACAUUCAGCAUGACAACAUUCGGGCGCUGCAUACAUGCCAUGUGUCUAGGGGUGGCCUACUUGCUCAUGCUGGUGUGGAUUGUUCUAACUGGAUUGCUUGCAAUUCCGGUCUGGGUGUUCCGGGCCAUAUCAAUUGCCUGUGCCGAUUCAGCCCUUGGGUUUCCGGUGUGUGUCGACAUCCGUCAAUAUGGGGUCCUACCCUGGUCUAUGGGUGACACAAUCCUGUGUGAAACUGCAUUGGAAGACAUGUGCAGUUCUGCAGAGUUUGAUGUGACGUACCAUCUGUUUGUGGUAUCUAUGGCUGGGGCGCUGCUGGCUACAAUUGCCAUGAUUCACUACCUAAUGGUAUUGGCAGCGAACUGGGCUUACGUGCAGGAGGUGCGCAGUCGUUUGUGCUUGCUGCAAAGGAAAGCCGACCACGACCUCCCUUGAAGUUUAAAUUAGAUGUGUGUACACACAAGCAUGCAUACUCUACAUACGUACACACAACUAUUACAUUUUGUUACCGAGUGAUACAUUCCUAUUUCAUACAUUUUCAUUAAAUCAUAACAUUGUGAUUGUCUCUUUGCACUUAAAAAAAGUCAUUAUUCUUGUAGAAAAUUACGUAAGUUUUUUCAUGAAAGAUGUUAACAUAAAUUUACAGUAUAAAGAUGACCCUAUGAAAUAUAACACACCUAUAAACUAUGUUGUCUGCUGCACACUUAAAGUAUUCAGCUAAAUUCACCAUGUCUGGUUGUACAUCGGCAUUUCUGGGUUUGCACACCUCUCUACGUGCUAAAUACAUUUUGUAAAAACAUUUUUUAUUUGCAAAAUAUAAAUACUGGGUACAUUGAAACCUCAUUAAGAUAGAUGCUUAUUAGGGGAAAGAAAAAUGCAUUACAUUUACACACGUUUGUAUUAUACAACUUUAAAGUGACAAAUCAGUGAAUACAAUUGAAUGGAUUUCUUGUAAAACUAAAUGUGAAUCGCCCCUUGAAGUGUGUUUUACCAGGAGGGCCUACAUACAAAUUGUCACGAUUGCUCACGUGAAUACAAUGAACAAUAGCUGUGCUAUGACACUACCAAAACAUUGAUGGAGGCAUUACGCUAUUUUCUAAUAUUAAUCCAACAGAUUUGUUCAGUAAGUGUGGCAUUUGUUUUCAAAGAGUAUGACAAAUGUAAAAAUUAUAUCCAGUAAAUUGGUUGGGGAGGUCUUCAUCCAAUCGUGGCUAGAUCGUGGCUGAUAAUAAUGAAGAUAAAUUGGUGAUGCAGGAAGAACCAGUCAAAGUAUUGGAUUGUCUAAACAGCUAUAUCUCGCUCUGAGUUCUUAAUGAGGUUCUUACCAUUUAUAAAAGUACUGUACCAUUGCUGAGAGCAAAUGUACAGAAGUCGGUAAUUUAUUUCGGGAUAUAAAAAUAGAAUAUGCCAAUUUUUUAUAUAAUAAUUUAGUUUAAGCCUCAUAGCUUCUCAUUUAUAGAUAUUUUAAUCAUCUGAAAAUGAGUUCCAUUUAAAAAGCAUAUGGAUACCAGGAGCGGUUUACAGUAUGGACUGUGAUAAACAUUUUCUUUGGGCAACCAUUUCAGGAGUGAGACAGUAAUAUUCUGCAGUAAAUACUGCACUCGACAGCAUUUCUGCGGUUUUACUGCAAAUGUGCAGACCUGAAGGAAAAUUACUUAAAUGAUUAAUUAAACGUGGAGAUAUUCACAAGGAGAAUUUAAGUUGCACUGAACAUUUUUUUCAAAUAAAUACAACUUUUGUUAUAUUUGCAUUGGAAAUUUCAUGGGGAAUGACUCAUUGAGGUUUCAUAGUUUCAUUAGGGUCCUGGAUUGGGAAGUUCGGUGAAGUCUCUUAAUUAGUGUUUGGCAUGUGGAAGGAAACAGAAAUACCAAGAUAAUUAAUGAGUAAGCAAUCCCGCUCCAUACAUAUUAAAACCACUUACUGCACUGCCAUCUGGCCCAGUGGGGUUUGGACGUUUUACACAUUUGUGUAAGCCACCAACACUCUUCUCAAAAUGUCUGGGUUACAUGUUUGUUCCACCGCUGUUUGUAAUAUUGUCCAGUCAUUGUCCUGAACAUACACUCAAUGAUUGUAGAAGCACAUUUUGACAUUCAGGGAUUGCAUUAUUCUGUUUACACAAGUCAAAAAAAUGACACCCAAGCAAGUACUAAUGCUACAUACACAAACCCGACAUGAGCUCUGUAUUGACCCAAGGUAUACGAUAGGGGAAUUGUAUAUUUUGCUCUGAUGCACUCAUGGGUCAGCCUUGCAUUGAGAAACUGCUUCCAUUUGCCACAGCAACUGACCCACCAUUGUUUGUAUAGUUAUUAGUGUGCUGCAAGCCUGCAUCGUCGUCGGCGGUCUGCACCUCAACAUUCGUAAGGGUGAAUAGCUUAUUGGGGUGACAUUGUCAGACUAGAGACGAAGUCCGAAUCAAAUACUUGGUGAAUAAUAUCGAGUCGGCUGCUAUGGCAAUCCCAGGAGGAGCAUGUGGUAAGCGUGUUCGCCGGCGGAGGUCUCGGCAAGUGUCAUUCACAGCUCAAAUCGGCUGCAAAUUGUAAAACUACUGUUCAAAUUUGAUGACCAGGAUGACUAUGCAUGAGAAAAUGUAUUUAAAAAUCGUAAUUUUUCGUUUGUAUCCAUGUAGUUUAAUGUUAAGUAUUUAUUUAAAAUAUCUGUAGACUGCUAUUCUCCAGGAUACAUUUAUUUUGCUUAUGGGUAAAGGUAUUCAAUAAACGAGGCCAUAUUGCAGUUUUACUGCGAAUGCAGUCCACAUUGGUGCUAUGUGCAAAGAUAUGCAUGAGAGCACUACUGUAUAUUAUUUUAUGGAAUGACGACAUGAAAAUGUGUUUCAGUGGGGUACCAUUUUUGUUGCUUAAGUAUAUAUAAGCAAUUAAAUAAAUGUGCCAAUGUGAA